UCGUCUCGCCCGAUUGGGGUCCGCCCAACAUUGCGCUGAUUCCUCCCCCAACCUUCCUCCUCCUACCCUCCCCGCCGGCCGCCGCCGCAGCCCGCGCCCAGCGUGCCGCCAGCCCGCCACCCAGAUCCGGCGAGCCAUCCUUGCCCCUCUACCCACCUCUCUUCCCCCUCUCAUCGUCGUCUUCCUCAAUCCCUUUCCGCGGGUUUCGCUCCAGCUGGAUUUCGACUGACCGCUCCGUCAGCUGGGUACGGGCCUCAGGAUGCAAUCUUUGCUCCGGAAUGUCUGCAGAGCCGAAAACCGUGGGGCUGCUGCGAGGCUCCUAGAAUUUGCCGCUCCUGUAGCCACGCAACCGGCGGCUGCCCAGUCAUCCUCGGCCAUCCAGUACCUCAGGCCUUACGGGUUCAGCCGUCCAACCGGGAGUCAGACCAUUCCCCGUGAUGUUAUUCCUGCCGCCUCUGCUUUCUGCACGAGAGCUCUCACGAUGAGAGGUUUCUCCAUGGUGGGAAAUGCUGAGGUUGCUUCAGACGAGGAUGAUUCCAGCUCUCCUGCGGUUGAGCACCCCCCACGCAUCAAGUUCAAGAGGCUAGAUAAGACUGCCAGGCACAUUAUGAAUAUCUUGAACAAAGAGGCAGUUGAAAAGGUCCGCUCUGAGAGGGAGGUUCCUGAUGUACAGCCUGGAUGUAUCAUUCAAAUGAGAUUGCAAGUUCCUGAGAACAAACGGCGCGAGUCUACAUUGAAAGGGAUUGUGAUAGGAAGACGUAAUGCUGGGAUCCAUACAACUUUCAGAUUGCGUAGAUUAGUAGCUGGUGUCGGAGUCGAGUCCGUCUUUCCACUCUACUCGCCAAACAUCAAAGAAAUCAAGAUCUUGGACAGGAAGAACGUCAGGAGAGCUAAGCUGUAUUACCUGAGAGACAGGAUGAAUGCACUUAGAAAAUGAGACAUUCUUGUUUCUAGGAUUGUCCUUUGGAUUUGCAUGUUUUGUGUAGAUGCAAGAAUUGCAGUUUGAGAAUCACGCUGUUUACCCAGUUUUGAAAGGCACCGGUUGUAGUUCCCAUGCUUGGUUUCAAGCAGCAAGUGCUAGUAGAGAUAUCGCUUUGUGAUUCAGAAUUAACAUGUGGAUCGGUCCUUUCUGAGUUGCAGAUGCUACUGUGGCCUCAGUGUAGAAAUAAUCUUGCCCAGAUCCCAAGCUUCACUUUCUUCAAGUGUAAUUUCUGUGAAUUUUUUAGUUCCAAAUGGACCUGUGUUUCACCAGAAAAAAUUCUAGUUCAAAAAAUGUCUGUGAUGACUAUAA